UAUAACAUUUCGUGAGGCCAUCACCAAGAGCACAUCCAUUGCACAUCUCUAAUAAAACAGCUGACAGCGGCGGAACGAAUUGAAAUUGAAACGUGGGGCAAGUGGCAUUAACGCACACCUAUGACAGAGGCGUAAUACACACACGGCACCUCAGAGUUCGCCUGGAAAAGGGCGGAGAAGACACGGAAUUAUAUAAUCGCCGGUGAUAAACACAUGAGUCCGUACAGCGGCUCCUCCGUGCGUCGCCUGCUGGACAGUUGGCCCGGAAAGAAGCGCUUCGGUGUGUACCGCUUCCUGCCGCUCUUCUUCCUGCUGGGCGCCGGCCUGGAGUUCUCCAUGAUCAAUUGGACAGUGGGCGAGACUAAUUUCUAUCGUACCUUUAAGCGUCGCCAGGCCAAGAACUACGUGGAGGAGCAGCAGAAUUUGCAGGCGAGGACAAGCAACAGCACUGAUUAAAGACAAAAUGCCUGCUGGAGUGUCGUGGGGCCAGUACAUGAAGUUCCUCGGCUGCGCUAUGGCAUCCAUGAUGGCCGGAUCGCAGGCGGUUCAUCUGUACUACCGCCCACUGCAGGAUCUGCCCGCCUACAUCGAACGGGAGCAGCACAGCACACAGGUGGAUCGCAUAGCCAAGCCACCGGACUCUACUUGAAACUCUGUACUUGACAAGUUACUGGUUACUAAAGCUAUUUAAGUUUA